GCUUCGUGGAUUUAAUAAUGACUUGUUUCUAUUGCAGAGAAGUCAGAGAGCAUACCUAUUGCGCAAAGGUCUAUUUAAUGUCACCCCCAGACAUGUGGCUAUGUGAAGUGUGCAGAUCCUCAGGUCGCGUGUUACAUGUCUCGAGUCUUGUUGACAUAGAUACGAAGGAUUUAACAACCGAUCAUGGUGCUUCAGGCUCAAAGAUCUCUGGCGAAUCCUCUGAGAAAGGAAGUUCAUCAUAUACAUCUCCAAGCACGACAAACAAACCACCGUUUCUGGCGUUUCCUUCUCCAAAGAGAAAACGCAGGACGCCUCGAGUUCCAGUUGAUCCUGAGGAAGCUGACGAUCAAGGACCAGGUGUUACACCGUUACCUUCGUCUAAGUGAGUGCACCUGCGAUUAGGGUUAUCAGAGUUCUAGUUUCCUUGGGAUUCAAGUUACUU